AGCUAGCUAGCCAGUUGUUUUGGGAGAAGAAGAAAGGGUCUACAAGCGGAAGAAACACCGGAUUUGGUUUCGGGUCGUAUUCGGUUUAUGAUCCUGUUUUAGGUUUUUUUAAAUUACAUUUUGAAUAAUGUCGACCCCGGCGAGGAGACGGCUUAUGAGAGAUUUUAAAAGACUUCAAGAAGAUCCUCCCACCGGUGUGAGUGGAGCACCAUCAGAGAACAACAUCAUGCUUUGGAACGCAGUUAUUUUUGGGCCUGUGGGAACACCGUUUGAAGACGGAACGUUUAAGCUGCUGAUAGAGUUUUCAGAGGAGUACCCAAACAAGCCUCCCACAGUUCGGUUUGUCUCCAGAAUGUUUCACCCAAAUGUUUACGCAGAUGGCAGUAUAUGUUUAGACAUCCUUCAGAACCGCUGGAGCCCCACGUACGAUGUGUCGUCCAUACUCACCUCAAUCCAGUCGUUGCUGGAUGAGCCAAACCCUAACAGCCCAGCCAACAGUCAGGCCGCACAGCUCUAUCAGGAAAACAAGAGGGAGUACGAGAAGAGGGUGACGGCCAUCGUGGAGCAGAGCUGGGUGGACGUCUGAGCUUCUCACUCUCUAAUCCUUCCUCUCCACCACCCUCUCUUCAUAAUCCCCGUACUUCAGUCUUUCAUUUUUACCUCAUCAAGAAAAAAAAAAACAGCAACUAUAUCAGAAGAACUCAAGUGCCACCCUGAAAAAAAGAUCAAGA